AUGUUUGCUAGUAAAUUUCUUUCUCCAUUAAAAUUUUCUCUAAUUCAAAUACGUUUAACAUCGACAAAACUCGGUCCAGUAUGUGAAUUAAUUAAACAAACUAUUGAAAAAUCCGAUUUAAAACCUUAUCAUGUUGAACUUGUUAAUGAUAGUUAUAAACAUAAUGGUAAUAAACCUGGAAAUGAAACACAUUUACAAUUAACUGUUAUAUCACAUAAAUUUGAAGCUAUACCAAUGCUUGAAAGACAUCGACGUUUAAAUGAAUUAGUUAAAGAUAUUGUUAAAGAACAUAAAAUUCAUGCAUUAAGUUUCUAUACACCAAAUCCAACAUUAUGGUAUGAUAGUUUUCGUCGUGGACUUAAAUUAGAUGAAAAAUAUCGUACACCACCAUGUCUUGGUGGUCGAAUUAAAGAAUUAAGUGAACAAACUGAUCAACUUAUACAAAAACAAACGAAAUCAAAUGAAAUUGUGUAG